AUGAGUGCUCGUGAUGGCGCUGGUGGCGUCGGUGGCAUGGGCACCCUCGGUCGGCGGCAGCGCUUUGAGAACUCAGAGUUCACUGUCCGCAUCUACCCAGGCGCCCUGGCUGAGGGCACCAUCUACUGCCCGAUCAGUGCUCGCAAAUCCACCACCGCCGCUGAGGCCAUCGAACGUGUCAUCGACCGCCUGCAGCUGGACCGCACCAGGUGUUACGUUCUGGCUGAGGUGAAGGAGUUCGGUGGAGAAGAAUGGAUUCUGAACCCCAGCGACUGCCCCGUGCAGAGGAUGAUGCUCUGGCCUCGUGUGGCACUAGAGCACCGCCCCCUGUCUGGCGGCGAGGAUUACCGCUUCCUCCUGCGGCAGAAGAACCUGGAUGGUUCCAUUCACUACGGUGGCAGCCUCCAGAUGUGGCUACAGGUCACAGAGGAGCGCAGGCGCAUGGUGGAGCGUGGACUGCUGCCACAGCCUGAACCUCAGGGCGACCACGCAGAUCUGUGCCACCUACCGGAGCUCAACGAGCGCUCGCUGCUGGACAACCUGCGCUCACGCUUCCGCAACGAAAAGAUCUACACCUACGUUGGAAGCAUCCUCAUCGUCAUCAACCCCUUCAAGUUCCUGCCCAUAUACAAUCCCAAGUAUGUGAAGAUGUAUGAUAAUCAUACACUGGGAGGCUUGGAGCCACAUAUUUACGCAGUGGCGGAUGUUGCUUACCACGCCAUGCUGCAGAGACAGAGAAAUCAGUGCAUUGUUAUAUCUGGUGAGAGUGGCUCUGGGAAAACGCAAAGCACAAACUUUCUCAUUCAUCAUCUGACCGCUCUCAGCCAGAAAGGUUUUGCCAGUGGAGUGGAGCAGAUCAUCUUGGGGGCAGGGCCUGUACUAGAGGCAUUUGGGAACGCAAAGACAGCCCACAAUAACAACUCAAGUCGUUUUGGCAAGUUCAUUCAGGUGAACUACCAGGAGAGCGGCACUGUGAGAGGAGCAUAUGUGGAGAAGUAUCUCCUGGAGAAGUCGCGGCUGGUCUAUCAGGAGCACAAUGAGAGAAACUACCACGUGUUUUACUACCUGCUGGCGGGAGCGAGUGAAGAUGAGAGGACAGCCUUUCACCUCUUGAAGCCUGAAGAAUACCAUUACCUCAGUCAGAUGACAAAGAGAACCCACCGACUGCACUGGGACAGUUACUGUGAGAGUGAACCGGACUGCUUCACGGUUGAAGGAGAGGACCUGAAGCAUGACUUUGAGAGACUUCAGCUUGGGAUGGAGAUGGUCGGCUUUCUUCCUGCCACGCGUAAACAGAUCUUCUCCCUGCUGUCAGCCAUCCUCCACCUGGGCAACAUCCGCUACAAGAGGAAAACCUACAGGGACGACUCCAUCGACAUCUGUAACCCAGAGGUUCUGCCUGUCGUCUCAGAACUGUUGGAGGUCAAAGAAGAGAUGCUGUUUGAAGCUCUGACAACACGGAAGACAGUUACUGUGGGAGAGAAGCUGAUCGUUCCCUAUAAACUUGCAGAGGCUGGGACAGUCCGAGAUUCCAUGGCGAAAUCGUUGUACAGUGCUCUGUUUGAUUGGAUUGUGUUCAGGAUCAACCAUGCUCUGCUCAACAUCAAGGACCUGGAGGAGACCACCAAGAUCUUAUCCAUUGGAGUGUUGGACAUUUUUGGUUUCGAGGACUACGAGAACAACAGCUUCGAACAGUUCUGCAUCAACUUUGCCAAUGAACGUCUCCAGCAUUACUUCAACCAGCACAUCUUCAAGAUUGAACAAGAGGAAUAUAGAGUAGAGGGCAUCAGCUGGCGAAACAUCGACUACAUCGACAAUACGGGCUGCAUCAACCUGAUCAGCAAGAAGCCCACAGCGCUGUUCCACCUCCUGGAUGAAGAGUGCAACUUCCCCCAAGCAACCAAUCAGACUUUGUUGGAUAAGUUUAAGCGGCAACAUGAAGGAAACAGCUACAUCGAGUUCCCUGCUGUCAUGGAGCCCGCCUUCAUUAUCCGACACUAUGCUGGCAAGGUCAAGUACGGUGUCAAGGACUUUAGGGAGAAGAAUACAGACCACAUGCGCCCGGACAUUGUGGCUCUGUUGAAGAGCAGUAAGAACGCCUUCAUCUGCGGGCUGAUCGGCAUCGACCCAUCAGCCACCUUCCGCUGGGCGGUACUCCGAGCCUACUUCAGGGCCCUGGUGGCUUUCAGAGAGGCUGGGAAGAGACACACGCAGAAGAAGACUGGGCAUGAUGACGCUGCUCCCUGUGCAGUUUUGAAAAGUGUGGAUAGUUUUAGCUUUCUGCAGCACCCUGUGCAUCAGAGAAGCUUAGAGAUCCUGCAGAGAUGCAAAGAGGAGAAGUACAGUGUUACCAGAAAGAGUCCGCGUACACCACUGUCAGACCUUCAGGGGAGCAACACCAUCAAUGAGAGAUCGCCACGGAGUUCUCCGGGCCUCGGCUGGAAUGGGCGUGUUGGAAGGCAGAGCCGUUUAUCCUCUAGCAGCUCCACCACCACAGAAGAAGAUGGCAUCUUUGUCAACUCUGCCAGCAGCAAGCUCCUGGAGAGAGCCCACGACAUCCUUAUGAGGAACAAAAACUACAAAUCUAAGCCAGUUCUUCCGAAGCACUUACUGAAUGUCAAGUCACUGAAGUACCUCAGCAACCUGACGCUUCACGACCGCAUCACCAAGUCACUGCUUCACCUCCACAAGAAGAAGAAACCACCCAGUAUCAGCGCACAGUUCCAGGCCUCUCUCAAUAAGCUAAUGGAGACCCUGGGUCAGUCUGAGCCUUAUUUUGUCAAGUGCAUCCGUUCCAAUGCUGAGAAGCUGCCCUUACGGUUUAACGAUAACUUGGUGCUGAGGCAGCUGCGUUACACUGGUAUGCUGGAGACUGUGCGCAUCCGGCAAUCAGGCUACAACAUCAAGUACAGCUUCAAGGAUUUCGUCCAUCACUUCUGCGUGCUGUUCCCAGAAAGCACCACCGCUACCAGAGAGAGCAUCCAGCAGUGUCUGGACCAGCUAGACCUGGCACCAGAUGGUUACCAAGUUGGCAAGACAAUGGUGUUUUUGCGCGAGGGUGAGCGUCAGCAGCUGCAGGCCUCACUCCACAGCGAAGUUCUCAGGCUCAUCGUCAUGUUGCAGCAGCGAUUCAGAGCCCGGCUGGAGAGGAAGCAGUUUGUCCGGAUGAGAGAGGCAGCAAUCUGCAUCCAGAAAUGGUGGCGUCUGUACCAGCCCACAGAAGAGGAGGAUGACGACUAUGACCCUAAUGUCCAGGAGGGGGCAGCUCUGUGUCUACAGACACACUGGCGAGGUUACAGGGAACGUCAGAGGUUCAGGCUGUGCAGGGCGGCUGCUCUGGUGCUACAGAGGGCAUGGAGGUUGUGGAUGUAUCGCCGCUGCACGGCAGCUUUGGUUAUUCAGGCAGCCUGGCGCUGUCAUCAAGCCAGAGAAGCCUACUUACGUCUGUAUGCCGCUGUGAUACAACUACAGACAUUAAGCAGAGGCUACCUUGCCAGGCAGAGCUUCAGAAAACUGAGAGAACAGAAGCUGAGGGAGAAGAAGGAGCAACAGGAGGAGCUGCUUCAGCUACAGAAUGGCCAGGUGAGUCUCUCACCAGAAGAGGAGGAGCCGCCUGAGAGAAUCAUAGGUUUGGACCUCAGCAGGUGGGAGGACCGUUCCUAUGAGGAACGGGAAAGGACUCUCCAAAUCCUCAGCAGCCUUGAUGGAGCAGUUCAGGAAGAAGAGGGCUCACCUAAAGCAUACUCUGAAACACCUGCCUCAUACCCAACAUCCGCAGUGGUGGUGCGAGAGAAGACCAGAACUGUAGACGAGCCCGGCCAGAAAACCACUCGGGCCAAGAGAGAGAGCAGGCGGAUGAGAGAGCUGGAGCAGGCCAAGUUCAGCCUGGAGCUCCUCAAGGUCCGGGCAACCAGUGGUGGAGCCUCGUCCCCCUCAGAGGAGAGGCGCUGGUCUCUUGAACUGGUGCCCCCCACCACGCCGCCUCUGCGUUCACCCCAGGGCACGCCUGAUAGCCAGAGCUCCAAAGGCAGCUUUGAGCUUCUCAGUAUGGAUGACGAGGCUCCCAAGGCCAUAGAAGAGGUGACCGACAGUGAGGAUCCCUGCUCCCCUGUUGACUCAGUAUCUCCAGCACCAGAGCCAAGUGUGGAGGUCAUCUCAACAAGCCCAAAGCCAGAUGAACUGAACAGGACAUGGCCAAAAAUUGAUCUGGCAACCCCCUAUGUUACACAUCCGCCCAAAAUCGAGAACUACCUCCCUACCUUUUACGUCCCUGCUAGUGAGACCACCACGGUCAUCUCCCAUCGUCCUGCUGAAGAGCCUCAACAAAACACAGAGGCAGCCGUCUCUACAACCACCACAUCCACCACCACUGUUAUCAAGCCUCUCAAAGAAAGGCGAGAGUCAUCACGUCGUCCAGUGGUGGUGGUCAUAAGUAUGCAGAAAGAAACCCCGCUAAGUGAAGAGCUGAGCGGUAUGGUCCGUCCCCCUGUAGAGGUUCGAGAUUCGGCAGCCCAGACAGGGGAGUUGACGCCACAGAAACCAGGCCCACUCGUCAUAGAGAAGCUGGUGCGACUGAACGAGGAGAAGGAGGAGAGGCAACGUAAUCAACAACAGCAGAAUGAGAGGGAGAUGAUGGAGCAAAUAAGACAACAGAAAGAGGAGCUGGAGCGCCAGCGCCUUUUCUUUGCUCAGUAUGAGAGAGACAUGUUUGAGAAACAAAGGGGAGAAGCUCUCCAGAGGAUACAACAGAACCGGCAGGGUGGACAAGAUGUUGGCGCAACUGCCACCUCGAGCAAGCCACUGAGACCCAGCUCUCUGCUGAUUGAGAGGACAGCAGGGCAAGCUCCUUAUAGCAGAACCUGGUCAGAGUCCGCUGCCCCAUCAGCACACUCUCCUGCAGGCGUCGACAUCCAGGCCAGUGCCCCUCAUCCCCAGCUGCCUCCUCCACCUGCUUCUGUUCCCAGAGAAAGACGUAAAGACAGAAGGCCUGUCGCUGAGGGCUGGGCACCCAAACUCACCCUUGAGUCCAAAGAUGGAGGAGGGACCAGAGUGAGAGCAGCCACCAAGAAGGCUCAAAGUAAUCAGGGCACCACGGUUAGCAUGACGGAUAAGCCAGGCAACAUCUUCUUCUCUCCAAAGGACAAAGUGACAUUUACAAAGUUUGACGGUGAUGCUGUGGCUGAAGAGACGCCCGUAGCCAUUCCCAGAGAAGGACCCGCACCAGUUUCCAAGCCUUCUAAAGGAACAAAAGCGCGGGAUGUUGGCAGAGCGGGCCAAAAAAAGAAAGCCAGAAUGGCACGGACCCGCUCCGACUUCCUCACCCGCGCCCCCAUCCUUUCAGUUGGGGGCGAUUCAGACGAGGAUGACUAUGACGGUGACAGCCCCGUCAGCCCCCGACAUUACACUCUGCCCCUCUCCAAACAGAGCUCCACGGAGGCAGGCUUAGGACAGUCCUGUUUCAGUGACUCAGACAUGCCUACAAUCUCUCAAGAGGAAAAGAAGAUACACAAAGCUAUGUCAUCAGGAGAUUUAGGAAAAGUGGACACACUGCGCAAGAGCUCGCAGGAUGGAAGGGUUCGUGGAAAGAUGCGCUUCUGGGGCAAAACCAAGUAUGGUGACAAGAAGACAUCCAGAGAAAAGCUGAUUUGUGGUAGUGAUUCCUUAGAUGGAGACUAUGGAGACACUGGGCCAUUACUGGGAGAGGCAGGUCAGGAAAACAUGUCGCCUCCCUGCAGUCCCGAUCUGACGUUGGAUCGAGGGUUCAGAGACUUGAAAGAGAACAAGGAGCCUUCUCCCAAGGUGAAGCGGAGGCGCAGUGUUAAGAUCAGCAGCGUGGCUCUUGAAUCCGCUCAGUGGCAGAACGACGCCCUGCAGAUCCUCACCUGCACCAACGACUACAGGAGCAUGAACGACUUCCUUAUGAAGAAGAUCAAUGACUUGGACACAGAGGACAGUAAGAAGGACACCAUGGUGGAUGUCGUAUUUAAAAAGGCUCUGAAGGAAUUUCGCCUCAACAUUUUUAACUCCUACUCCACAGCGCUGGCGAUGGAUGAUGGUAAAAGCAUCCGCUACAAAGACCUCUACGCUCUGUUUGAGCACAUCCUGGAGAAGACCAUGAGACAGGAGCAGAGGGACUGGAGUGAGUCUCCUGUCAAAGUGUGGGUCAACACCUUUAAAGUCUUCCUGGAUGAGUUCAUGACUGAGUACAAACCGAUGGAUGGCACACUCACCAAGCCAGCACCUAAACCUGAACGUAAAAAACGAAGGAAAAAAGACGCAGACAUUGUGGAGGAGCAUAAUGGCCACAUCUUCAAGUCCACCCAGUACAGCAUACCUACGUACUGUGAAUACUGCUCAUCGCUCAUCUGGAUGAUGGACCGUGCCUGUGUGUGCAAAUUGUGCCGGUACGCCUGCCACAGAAAAUGUUGCCAGAAGAUGACCACUAAAUGCAGUAAGAAGUUCGACCCAGAGCUUUCCUCCAGACAAUUCGGAGUGGAAGUUUCUCGUCUGACAAGCGACGAGAGGACGGUGCCCCUGUUUGUGGAGAAGCUUAUCAACUACAUUGAGAUGCAUGGCCUCUACACUGAGGGAAUCUACCGGAAAUCUGGCUCCACCAAUAAAAUCAAAGAGCUCAAGCAGGGACUUGACACAGAUGUGGACAGCAUGAAUCUGGAUGACUACAACAUCCAUGUCAUUGCCAGUGUUUUCAAGCAGUGGCUAAGAGACCUGCCUAAUCCUCUGAUGACAUUUGAGCUGUAUGAGGAGUUUAUACGUGCCAUGGGUUUGCAGGAUAAAAAGGAAAUGAUCAGAGGUGUGUAUUCAGUUAUUGACCAGUUAAGCAGAACUCACCUAAACACGCUGGAGCGGCUCAUAUUUCAUCUUGUCAGGAUUGCCUUGCAAGAGGACACAAACCGUAUGUCAGCUAAUGCCUUGGCUAUAGUGUUUGCCCCCUGUAUCCUGCGCUGUCCUGACAGUAUCGAUCCUCUGCAGAGCGUCCAGGACAUCAGCAAAACAACAGCGUGUGUAGAACUUAUCAUUUGUGAACAGAUGAAUAAGUACAAAGUACGACUAAAGGACAUCAAUACCCUGGAGUUUGCUGAGAAUAAGGCCAAAUGCAGACUGACCCUCAUCCGACGGUCAAUGGGGAAGGGCCACGUACAGCGACUGAGCUACCACACACCCUCGCCUCCAGUCAGUCCCCGGCUUCCCCCUGUGACGGACGCUGUGAUAGAAGAGAGUGAGGGCGAAGAGGCAGCAGACUCGUUUUCUGAAAUCUCAGAGCAUCAGCAAGCAGCCAUGCAGCAGGAAGAGAGAGUGUUGACAGAGCAAAUUGAAAGCCUGCAGAAAGAGAAAGAGGAGUUGACUUUCGAGAUGCUGACUCUGGAGCCACGAGCAUCAGAUGAUGAGACUCUGGAGUCGGAGGCCUCUAUCGGUACAGCUGACAGCUCUGAAAACCUCAAUGUGGACUCUGAGGGAACCAUAUCUGACUUCUGUGAAAGAGGUCCAGUAUUGACUUCCCCCUGGCCUCGGAGAUCUGACGGGAAGAGCCCCCGACGCCGCACUCUCAGACGGCAGCCUGACUCCCUGGACUCUGUGGACUCCUGCUCCACUGUUUCCUCUUACUCCUCCUCAUCACACUUUAACGCUUCGUCCUCCUCCUCCUCUGCCACCACCCGGCGCUUUCGUUUUCACUCUAAAUCUCCCUCCUUAGGCUCAGGACCGGCCCAGACUCAGGCCGUGAAUGCCUCUCAUGCCUCUCGCUGUGACAGCAUAGACAGUAGCCCGACAGCAGAACCAGAAGGCGCUUAUGACGAAAGGCCCCAGUUUACCAGCCGAGGCACCUUCAAUCCAGAGAAAGGCAAACAGAAACUUAAAGGGGCCAAGCAUUCAACCCUGAGGCACACCAGAGACAGCAGUGGACACAGCAGGGACCCACCAGACAUACCGCAACAGCUGGUAUUGUACGGCAGUAAUGAAUUCAUGGUAUGAAGGAUACUGGGACACCAAAGCACUCCCUAUUCAACUCCCUGGCAGGCAUGUUCUGAAUGGGAGGUGACACGAUGGCCACUCCUCAAAGCACUCUUGCUUAGCCUUUCUUUGUUGAAAUCUGCAGAGAAUUGUCCCCAAGUGCCGUGUACAGUGUUUCCACCUCCAGAGGGGGAAGAUGUUUUGGCAGAGGGACAUGAAUGAGUGGAAGGGCUCCUCUUCUGUGGACUAAACUGUCACCCGAGCUCUCACAGUGCCUUGGCAGCUCUUUUCUCAGCGCCAAGAGGAGACGCAGCGAGCAGGAGGACAGAGUAAAGGGAAUGUUGGAAUACGCGAAUGACCACUCAGCAUCAGGGAAUGUUAAGGAGCUGGAAAGCUGAAGCAGUGUACCACAGUAAAUAAGAAGAAAACCAGACAACGUCAGGAGUCGCUGAUGUUGCAGUGAACUUAUAGCUCACAAUUAUUAGCUGCUUAAUGAGUUUACAGUUCAUAACAAUCAGUGUAAACAGUGGUUGCUCUGUUAUUACAAAUGUAUUUUUCCCUUACAUUUAUUUAAUAAAUUUUAAUGUCACAGAAAUUCUUUAUAGCAUAUAAUAUACAGGUAUAAAUACUGUACAAAGCCGGAACACCAGCCUCUGCUGGGUAGUUGAAGUCAAAUAUUUAUCUUUUUUUUUUUUCUUUUUUUUUUGAGUAUCUUGGACAGAGAUGUACGGAUUUGGGCAGUGGAUGAUUUAUGUGUGUGUACAUGUGCCAAGCGCUCAUGAGUGACUGUACGUAUGUGUGAGAAAGAGAAAAACCACUCCAUGUGUUUUUAAGUUUUGUGCUGCUUUUUCCCUCUCCAAGGGAAAUACCGCCAUCAAAGGGACCAAGUUAGCUGGUGUGUAUUCCAGCCAAGGGGAUCCCAGCUCUGUAAAGAAUGUCGGAUGUGUAUAAAAUCCCUGCAUUCACUGCUUAACAGCCAUACAACACUUGUAAUGUACAGUACAGUUCAUAUGUACAGUAUAGUGAACAAAAAUGCCAUUCUAUUCUUAAAAUCUAUUGUUGCCCCCCACUCCCAAAUCCUUCUCCACCUCCUGUCUUUGAAGUGUUUGCUCAAUAGCAACCAACAAGACCAUA